AUGGAUGCUGGGAGCCGGGCUGUGACGGUCGGAGACGCUGGAGGUAAUUAUACGGCAGCUCACCUCAGGCUGGAGCUCGUGAACGCCACGAGCCCUCCGAGCCGGUGGGACAGCAGCACGAGCCCGCCGGCGGAGGGGACCGGGCUGGACGAACAGGAGAGGCUGAUCCGCGAGCAGGCUUAUCGGGACUUCACCACAACCAUCCAGGUCCUCAUCCUCAUCAGCUCACUACUGGGAAACACCACAGUGUUGUGGUGCACCUGCUGCACCAACGUCUUCAAAUCUGUCACCAACCGAUUCAUUAAGAACCUGGCGUGCUCGGGUAUCUGUGCCGGCCUGGUGUGUGUCCCCUUUGAUGUUGCACUGGGAGCAAACCCCCGCUGCUGUUGGUGGCUUCAAACUCUGAUGUUCUGCAAGACCAUCAAGUUCCUCCACAAACUCUUCUGCUCGGUCACCGUGCUCAGCUUCAGUGCCAUCGCACUGGACAGGUACUACUCUGUGCUGUACCCCCUGGAGAGGAAAAUCUCAGACACAAGAUCUCGAGAUCUCGUCAUCUAUAUCUGGGCUCAUGCAGCAGUGGUUAGCCUUCCUGUGUUCGCUGUAAGCAACGUGACGGAUGUGUACGUCACUUCGUCCUGCUCAGAUGACCAGGCCCACUCUCUGGGCCACAUGGUGUACGUGCUGAUCUACAAUGUUACCACAGUGAUCCUUCCUCUGGCCCUGGUCUUCCUCUUCAUGCUGCUGAUCCGCAGAGCGCUCAGUGCGAGCCAGAAGAAGAAGGUGAUCAUCGCGGCGCUGCGGACUCCUCAGAACAGCAUCUCUAUCCCGUACGUGUCGCAGAGGGAGGCUGAGCUGCAUGCCACUCUGCUGGCUGUAGUGUUGGCAUUCUCAGCCUGCAGCGCCCCCUAUGGAGCCCUGGUGGUGUAUCGUACUAUUUUGGCAGACUCAAAAGAGCUCCCCGUGUCUCUGUUUCUGACAGCCCUCUGGCUGCCCAAAGUCUCCCUCCUUACCAACCCACUUUUGUUUCUGACUGUGAACCGCUCAGCUCGCCACAGCUGUCUGGACCUGCUGGCCAGGAUCCACAGACGCUACAGCCGUCGGAACGUGGUCAGCACAGGCGGUUUGGCCUCUUUGGGGGUGGAGGGUGGGAUCGGGGAGCCGGUGGGACUUGAAACUGCAGGGCGAUCUGGGAGUCAGCUCCUGGAGAUGUUUAACAUUGGCCAGCAGCAGAUUUUUAAACCUUCUGAGGAAGAAGAAGAGGAGGAAGAAGUAGAACGUGACACCCCUUCUCAAGUAUCAGGAGGCUGCUCUGUGCCAAAAGACGACCAGAAAGCUGGUCCCAGACUGGGUAGUCUCAGAGGGGAGGUGAUCGCCAAAAAGGAGCCUCUGCAGGCAACAGGAGGAGGGCUGGUCAUCACAAAAGACUGCCCUCCUUCAGUCUCGGCACCUCGUGGAUCUCCAGUCCACACGUGUGCUUACACUUCAUCCUCUCAGGUAGCCCCAGCUACGCCCACAGAGGUCGAGGACUCCACACAGUUUGGUUUCGGACCCUUCGAGCUGCCCCCUCAGUGGUUACCAGAGACGAGGAACAGCAAGAAGAGGCUGCUGCCUCCUCUUGGGAACACGCCUGAGGAGCUGAUUCAGACCAAACUGCCUAAAGCAAGGCCUGAACGGAGGAUCAGCAGGAACAACAAAGUCAGCACCAUCCCUGCUGUGGAUCCGUGAGCUAUUCCUGCAGGUUACUGAUCUGCAACACUGGGCACAACCCAUUUGCAGGGCGGGCCUAUUGAGCUGGAGGAUAUUGAUGUGCAAAGCUGUUGGAGGAGAUAGAUUUUGGUUUAUUUAAACUGUUUGACCUUUUUUAAAAUCUUCUCAGUUGCAGCCGAAUUCAGGUUAUCCUAUUUUUUGCACAAAAUCUGGCCUUUUCUGCUUUUCUAUUGGAAUCAUAUUAUUCUAAUACUAAAGCAUUUACAAUGAUGUGACAAAACUGUCCACCCACUCCAGUUUGGAGGGAUCCACCUCCAUGAUCUAGGACUGAGACAAAAGUGUCAUGAUUAAUGAAGAGGAUAAAUUUGUCAAUUUCCACUCCUGACUGGAGAUGGCAUCAGUAAUUAAACGAACACACUGUGCAAAUCUAAUCAUCCUGAAAGAUGCACUGAUACGAUUCAAUAGUGAAUAAUGAACCUAACAACAAAACCCUUUUGUAUGCCGGUAAUGCUAAGAUUGCACUCUGUAAAUGGACACAUCUCAGUGUUGAAUCAUUCCAUUUCCCCUGUGUGGGGCUGUUUUGUUGUAAAGUUUUACUAAAAUG